AUGACCACUACGAAUCCAGCCCAUCUAUUUCUUUCGCCGGACAUAGUCGCUGCAUAUGCUGUGUCAGUUCGAUGGCACGAGGAAGACUUCUCCAACCAGACACACGCCUUCCACAGCGCACACACACCUUUAUCGACCAGUGCAAAGGCCGGCAUCGGGCUUGGUGUCACAUAUGGCGUUCUGAUUGUUAUUAUCUCUGCUUUGACAAUAUACCAUCUGUACAGACAGCUGUUACAACCCGUAGCAGCGAGAUAUACGCCCGUUGAAUCAUUCACCGACGAGGAGAUGGUGAAGGGAUCGUUGCCCGAGCGUGAGAUAUCCGGUACCCGGUCUGUGUGGGGCAUCAUAGGACCCGACUCCUGGCUAUAUGAGUCAAUUGCAGUUUGCUUAAGCAUCGCAUGUCUUGCGGCAAUUGUCUGUAUCUUGCUGACUUUUGACGGGCAAUUGUCGCCAAAUCUGCCGAGUGGAAUACAACUAAAUACCGUCGUGUCGGUUCUUGCCACUGUGUCGAAAUCCUCGCUGGUAUUUGCCGUGGGAGAAUGCAUCGGACAACUACAAUGGAUCUCCCUCCGACAGUCUCAAUGGCCGCUGUCUUGCAUUCAGUUGUACAACAGUGCAAGCCGUGGACCCUGGGGUUCUGCCCUCAUCCUACUCAGAGACAGAGGCCAUUCACUCGUGACGGUCGGUGCCUUUAUAGUCGUCUUAGCUCUAGCGUUCGAUCCAUUUGUUCAGCAGAUUAUUAGCUACCCAGUCGAACCAACACCGGAAAUUUCGGCAACAUCCCAGGUGGCACAGUCGCGCUUCUUCCUAUCAAGAGAAUGGAGCACUACGGAAAUUACAUAUGCUGUAGAAAGUGCAUUAUGGACUGACUCGUCCUCACUUAACCUGAGAUGUCCAACAGGCAAUUGCACAUGGCCACGGUACCGAUCGGUUGAGAUGUGCAGUAGAUGUGCAGAUGUCGACUCGUCCCGGGUGGUGCUUUCCGGAUGGGAUAUUUCCUCAUUCAAUGUUGCUGAUUACAGUCAUCAGACAAUACCUUCCACCAUAUCUAUGCUAAAUGGCACGCCGUUCGAUGUUUCAAUUCAGAUACCAUCGCGCAAACCCGGCAAAUUUCAAUUGCCAGUGCCCCAGUAUCUGUACUGGGUCUCCAAUAUCCAAGAACAGAACCUUGCCAUUUCUGAUGACGGAACUGAGACACUCGUGCGUACUACAGCGACAGGGGUAGCAAAUCCUUUGAUUGUGGUUGCAUAUGCGGAGUUGCAUCUGCCAAGAAUCUUCAGCACCUCGAGAUCGAAUUUGUCGAUUCCGUUCAGCGUAAUCAAAGCCACCGAGUGCGCAUUGUCGAUCUGCACAAGGGAAUAUAAUCUCUCCGUGGCCAACGGAGCUCAGUCGGUCGAGGUCCUUGACAAAGACUUCGGUUCAUUCUAUAUCAAAGGCCAGGUUAGCGCUGUCUGCUGGAGACCCAGCUCAAGUCCCAUGACGAAUUGGAGCAAAGCCGGACAGUCAGAGUGGUCUGGCAUGACAGAUCCGAUCAACUUUGAGUUUUGCGGAGUGGAUGCGAAAUACAUUAACAGUACACUCCCGCUGUUUGGCACGAUCACCAAGGGAUACAGUGUGGCCGGUGCAUUUAACGAUGGAAGCAUAAACUGGGAUGAUGAGCAGCCUCCAGGCUUCGAACAUUCGGGCACUGCAUCCUCAUCGUUCAUCAUGAGAACAAACGAUCUCGGGUUGGAGACUGUGGUGGACAGGAUCGCGUCGUCGCUGUCCAAUUUAGCCCGCACCAAAGCCAGUAGUCCAAUCUACGGCGUUUUCAUUACCCAGAAGACCUAUGUUGCUGUGCAAUGGCUGUGGUUAAUCUUACCUGCCGUGCUGCUUUUGGUAGGAACCGUUCUGCUUGGCGCCACGGUGCUCGUCACCUCGCAUAACGGGGCCAGCUUGUGGAAGUCCUCUGUCCUACCUCUUCUAUUUCAUGGACUGGAGCUUAACCUGUUUACUCGCGAUAUGGUGGUUGAGCGUGGUCCAUGUGAGAUGGCGAGCGAGAUGGAACAGAUGGCUGGUGAGUUGAACGCGAAUAAAAACAAGAUUUCCCGAGCAUACGAUGCCGUCAACCAGAUCCAAGAACUCACUCUUUAUCCCCGCAUCGAGCUCGGGCCACCCACUCGGGGGCUCUUUAUGGGAUCGGAGACAGCAUCGGAGAAACCCGGGCUCAUCAACCCGCCAUUAUCAAAGACUCUCUCGGCUCUCUCCUUGACAAGACAGAUUAAGCCACACCCCAUAAUGUUCAACUUGAUAACUCGGGUCCGCACAUUGCUUGGCGAUCAGUCAUCCCUCACACAUUCCAUGUCCAAAGUAGCCAUCCUCGGCCUCCCCGACGCCGGCAAACGAGCCUUCCUCCAGCACCUCAGCGACAUCCCCCUCAGCCCAAUAACCGUAACCGGAUGCCACGCGGGCUGGACGAGCAGCAGCCCCUCCCGCGAACUAAGCUUCAUCGCCGCGGACGUAGGGUUGAGUGCAAGGUUAGGCUGGCGGGCAGCCCUCGCCGCGCGGUACGCGGACGCAGACGCCCUGAUCAUCGUGGUCAACUCCGCCCACGCGAUCGCGCUGGAGGAGCUGCGGUACCAGCUUGGCUGUCUGGUUCACGGGAGGAUGGAGUCCGGCGAGAUGCAGACGUACUGCAUUGCCAGGAAGGGGAUUCCGUGGCUGGUGCUGGUGAACUUUAAGGGGGGUGCCGUGGAUGUGGGGAUUGCAAAGGAGCAGGUUGAUUGCCUGGGUCUGGAUGGGUUGGGUGUUGAUUGGCUGGCAGGUAUUUCGUCCCAUCUCGACGGCGACUCGGGAAGGGGUUGA